GAAUCGUAUCGUAACACAUGCACGCGUCGUGUACGGAAUCCGGUGUCGCAUUACAAAAAAUUUGAGUUGUUCUUUGGAGUGAAAUUUAACUAUUGAUCCCUUUCUAACGAGGUAUCUUCCACGCGAUUAUUGCUAGCUGACCGGACGAAAGUUACGAGGAAUCUGUACGGGUCGUAUUUUUAAGGAAUACUUUGGAUUGUAUUAUUUAUAAACUUGUGAAAAACUUUGAGCGAAAAUCAUGGGUUGUGGAAACAGCAAAGGUUCGACGGCGGUGGAAAAUCAGACGGGUUCGUCAGCGAACACGAACAAUCAUCAAACGGCAGAGCAGCCCGGUAAAACUAUGAACGGACCCGAUAAAACCACACAAGAAACACAAGAUAGCAAUAAACAACACAUAGAAGAUCAGCAAAACACAGAUUCAUCACCAAAAGAAGAGAUUGUGGAGAAUGGAGAGGAAAAGAAAGAUGCAGAGAAGCCGGACACACAAAUAGAUUCCGAAGAUAGGACGACAGAAGAAGAAUCGCCGCCACAGCAGACACCCGAGCAAGAAGAAUCAAAACCAGUCACAACCCCGGCAGAAGAAGAAACGCCGGAGACGCAAGCACCAGUCGAGGUCGCACAAACUGAAGUCGUCAAAGAAGAGGAAGAGAUCACGAGAGCAGAAGAUGCCGCACACGCGGAGGAAGAGACAAAAGCAGAAGAUGUUGCACAAGCAGAAGAGGUAACACAAGCGGAAGAGGUAACGCAAGCCGAGGAGGUUACGCCAGCCGAACAAGAAAGCACAGAGGUUCCGCAGGUAGAAGAAGACAAACCGGUCGCGCCCGAAUCGACAGAAGAAAUAACAGGGAAAGAGGUUGAAAACACAGCAGCCGAAGAUUCUCACGAAGAUGGAGACUCUGCUGUUGAUAUGGAAAUUCAAGCUGUAGACCUUGAAGCAGAAGCCGAAGAAGAAGAAGAAGCAGAAGCAAUCACAGAACCCCUUAGAGAAUCGCCAAAACCUGACGAGCAAUUGGCCGCUACCGAAUCAAAUGUUCCAAGUGAUGUUGAUAAACCAUCAUCACCCGCCGCCUCCGAAACGGGGGAGCAUUUAGACCAGGUGCCAGCGUCAAAUAACGAAUCAAUGGACAAUGAGGUAAAAACGGAAGAGGGCUUCCGGGCACCAAGCGAUGAGCAAAUGACAACGAUAGAAGAGAUCCCUGCAACCGAUGGAAACACGGAACCCCAAGCAGAAACAGGAGAAAGUGAAGCGGUUGCAGCAGUCCCGGAGGCCACAUUGGUUGAAGACAUGAGAGGGUCACCGACAAAGGAUGAGCAAGAGGCGAUGGGAGAAGGUGAGCAAGCCAAGGCCGAUGGUGACCAAGAAGCGACUGGGGAGCAGUCGGCAGAAUAAGCCUCGCCCCCUGUAACCAUGCAAUCCACACAAGCAAGGCAGCACUCCUCCCGUUUCCAUGGAUACACCCAAAGGAUGCCGCAACAUCAAGAUAAAAUAUUAACCAUAGAAGAACAUAAGCAUUCCGUGUUAUUCAAAGGAAAGUGGGU